UGAUCAAACACGAAACAGUAAUCAUCACUAUGUUCUCUAAACUGGUAGCUCUGUGCGCUGUAGUAGCGGUGUCCUCGGCCGGACUCCUGCCUGCUCCUGCACACUACUCUUCUGCAGCCGCCGUCUCCUCUCAGAACAUCGUACGUCACGACGAGCAAGCUACCCCUGUUGCCAAGCUGGCCUAUGCAGCUCCCGUCGCCUACCAUGCAGCCCCAGUCGCUUACCAAGCUGCCCCCGCCGCCGUCACCUACCACGCAGCCCCCGCUCCCAUCGCCUACCAUGCCGCACCCGCUUCCGUCGCCUACCACGCAACUCCCGUCGCUAAAGUUAUUGCCCAGCCUGAGGAAAUCGCUUACCCCAAAUACGAGUACAAUUACUCCGUCGCUGAUGGUCACACCGGUGACAACAAGCAACAACAAGAAGUUCGUGAUGGUGAUGUCGUGAAGGGAUCAUACUCCUUCCAUGAAGCCGAUGGCUCUAUCAGAACCGUUGAGUACAUCGCUGACGACCACAACGGCUUCAACGCCGUAGUACACAACACUGCCCCCACCGCCGCCCCCGCUUACAUCAAGGCUGCUCCCGUCGUAGUCAAGACCCCCGUCUACGCCGCCCCACUAACAACAUUGCGCAUGCGCAAUUCAAGGCGCAUAAAUGAUUACGAAAAAUUGGAAGUCACGAGUGCAACCAUGACUAUGAUCAAACACGAAAGAAUAAUCAACACAAUGUUCUCCAAACUUGUAACUCUCUGCGCAUUAGUGGCGGUGUCCUCGGCCGGACUCGUGCCCGCUGCUCAAUACUCUUCUGCGGCAGCCGUCUCAUCUCAGAGCAUCGUCCGUCAUGACGAGCACGCAGCUCCCAUUGCCAAGGUAGCCAUCGCUGCUCCCGUUGCCUACCAUGCCGCACCUGCUGCCGUCGCAUACCACGCUGCCCCUGCUGCAGUUACCUACCACGCCGCCCCUGCUCCAAUCGCCUACCACGCUGCUCCAGUUUCCGUCGCCUACCACACCGCACCCGUCGCUAAAGUUAUUGCCCAGCCUGAGGAAGUCGCUUACCCCAAAUACGAGUACAAUUACUCCGUCGCUGACGGACACACCGGUGACAACAAGCAACAACAAGAAUCCCGUGAUGGUGAUGUCGUGAAGGGAUCGUACUCCUUCCAAGAAGCUGACGGCUCUAUCAGAACUGUGGAGUACUCCGCUGAUGACCACAGCGGUUUCAACGCCGUGGUACACAACAGCGCCCCCACCGCCUUCCCAGCUUACAUCAAGGCUGCUCCCGUCGUCGUCAAGACCCCCGUCUAUGCUGCUCCUGUAGCCCACUACUACCACCACUAAGCUUUACAUAAUAUGCUUACCAGUUGAUUGUUAACUAUUUAUUUAAUUCAAUAUAAAACAGUGGUAUCUCAUAAAAA